AUGCGUUUUGUUAUAUUUGUUAUUUUCUUGUUGGGCGUUGCUUUGGCAGCACCUUCAUCCAUAGAUCCAGGCUACAAUUGCAAACCUGGGCAGAAAUGUUGGCCAUCCUUGCAAGAAUGGCAACAUUUGAACCACACAAUCGAUGGCCAUUUGUACCAAACCAUUCCACUGGGUGCACCUUGCUACGAAAACUCGACAUACUAUGAUGCUGCAGUCUGCUCCGUCGUGGAAAAUGAUUACAAUAACAGUAUCCCCCGGGGAGGGUAUUAUGGCCAGACUUACUGGCCAAACUGGGAAGCUUGUGGCACAUCUGGAUGUUCUCUUUUAUCUUCUAAUCCAGAAGUGACAUUGUACAGCACUUGCUCUCUUGGUAGACUCGCAACAUACUAUGUCGAUGUUCGCAACACCUCGCAUAUAUCAGCCGCUCUCCAAUUUGCGAAGGUUCACAACAUCCGCAUCAGCGUCAAGAACACUGGCCAUGACUUUUUCGGACGCUCAACAGUUCCUAACUCGUUAGCAAUAUGGACUCACAACUUGAAAAGCCUGGACUUUCACCAAACUUUCACCGCGCACAACUGCCCGUCAGCGAAUGCGCAAAACGUCGGUGAAAUGGGAGCUGGAGUCAUCGCUGGAGAUGCCUAUCGCUUUUUCAACUCUCACGGUGUGGACAUCACGGGUGGAUAUGAAGAAUCCGUCGGGAUCGCAGGUGGUUUCGGACAAGGGGGAGGUGUUGGCGAUUACACCACCACCUACGGUCUGAUGGUGGAUAAUGCAGUGGAAUUUGAAGUCGUUACUGCGGAAGGUCAGGUGAGGACCAUCAACGAAUGCAACGAUCCUGAACUUUUUUGGGCAAUGCGAGGCGGAGGCGGAGGUACUUAUGCCAUCCUCACCAAGUAUCGAGUUCAAGUUUAUCCAUCCGUGCCUGUUCAUACAUACAACUUCCUGGCAACAUUCAAAGACACCACCAAUGCUACUCAGCAGCAAGGUCUUCGCGAAGUUCUGACGGCCCAUGCAAACAACCAGAUCAUCUGGUCUUCCCAACUCGUCACUGGACAAGUUGACUACUCUACGAAAGGGGUAUCAUUUGGCCUGGUCCUACCGUAUGCCGAUGACGGAUCCAGAUUGAAACGUGCAACGGCAUCUUUCUUUCAAACAGUGAGCAACCUGACUUAUGUCAACGUUCUUGAAAAUAAUUACACUUCCUUUCCGACCUAUACCGAUUACCUGGCGUUUAGCGCGAUCGACGCCAGGGCGACAAAGCCCCCUGGAAUCUUUUCUUUACUCGCAUCACGACUCAUGCCUCGCCAUCUAUUUAAUGCAUCUGAGACAGUGGAUUCUCUGGUCAGCGCUGUGAUUGAGGGGAUGGAAAAGGCUAGAAGGUUGCUACCAUUGCAACGCACUGGAGCACAGGUGGUCCUCGAAACGCCUCUGAGCACCCCAGACAACAACCAGAAGACAUCCGCUCUCCCAGCCUGGAGAGAGGCUAUGUGGCAUGUGAUCCACGUUGGGGAAUGGUACGAGCCUCUGGCACCUGCCGCUCUGCAAAAGGCCACUGAUGGAUUCCUUGAGAUGCUGGAACCGCUCAAGAAAUUAAGCCCAGGAGGGGGAGCGUACUUCAAUGAAGCACAUUACGGGGAGCCGGAUUGGGAGCAGACUUUUUUCGGUGCCAAUUACAACAGGCUGCUGGAUAUUAAGAACAAGUAUGAUCCAACUCAUAUUUUUGACUGUUACAAAUGUGUUGGGUGGCGAGGCGAACAAGAGUGA